AAAUUAAAGAAGCUGAAAGAAUUUUUGAAAGGUUGGAACCGAGAUGUAUUUGGGGAUAUGGAAGCUCAAUACGAAAAGGCGGUUAAAAAGGUUGAGCACGUUGAUUUGAAAAAUGAAGAUUUUGAUCUGGAGGAUUUUGAGAUUCUUCAAAGACAAGAAGGAUUUCAGAAUAUAUGGGACAUUUUGAGGAAGAGAGAAGUGAUAUGGAAACAGAAAUCAAGAAGUAAUUGGGUACGUCAGGGUGAUGCAAACACGCGAUUCUUUCAUAGAAUAGCAAAAGGUAGAAAGGCCCAAAAUCAUAUAACAGGUUUAUGGUGUGAUGGUGUUUGGGUGGAAGAGCCAACACAAGUUAAGAAGGAGGUGGUUAAUUAUUUUAGCAAGCUUUUCCAAGGAGAUAAGUGGAAUAGACCAAAGCCAUAUGGGGUGAACUUCAAGCAUAUUUCUACAGAGGACAAACAGUGGCUUGAACGACCAUUCUCCAUUGAGGAAAUUGAAGAAGGUUUGAGAAGUUGUGAAGGUUCUAAAGCUCCGGGCCCCGACGGGUAUAAUUUUUCUUUCCUUAAAUUUGCAUGGAAUAGUUUAAAGGAGGAUUUUAUGAGCUUUUUUGAAGAGUUUCAUCGCAAUGGAAGAUUGGUUAGUGGGUUGAACUCAUCAUUUAUAACUUUAAUUCCUAAAAAGCUUAAUGUUGGGAAUUUAAAGGAUUAUAGACCCAUUAGUUUGAUCGGGUGUGUGUAUAAGCUAUUAUCAAAGGUGUUGGCUAAUAGACUUAAAGUUGUAUUGCAGGGGAUUAUCAGUGAAACUCAAUCAGCUUUCUUGGGAGGACGUCAAUUAGUUGAUGGAGUGCUGGUGUUGAACGAGGUGGUGGAGGAAGUUAAGAGAAGGAAACAGUCGGCGUUUAUCUUUAAAGCUGAUUUUGCAAAGGCAUAUGAUUGUGUGGAUUGGACAUUCUUGGAAUGGAUGAUGGACAGAUUGGGCUUUGGAAUCAAGUGGAGAGGUUGGAUCAUGGAGUGCUUGUCGACUACUAGAAUGUCAGUACUAAUUAAUGGCAGCCCAACAGAGGAGUUCAAAGAGGGAAAAGGACUUCGACAAGGUGACCCGCUAUCUCCUUUUUUAUUCUUGAUGAUUGGAGAGGGAUUAAAUGGUUUGAUUCAAAAAGCAGUGACGGAGGGUUUGUUGAGAGGUAUAGAGGUUGGCAGGAGGGGAUUGGUUAUUUCCUUACUUCAAUUUGCUGAUGACACAAUCAUCAUGGGAAAGGCUGACACAGAAUAUUUUUAUGGUCAAAACAAUUCUGCGUUGGUUCGAAUUGAUGUCGGGUCUGCAAAUUAACUUUAGUAAGAGUAACAUUUAUGGAUAUAAUGUGCCAGUGAGAUGGGUUGAAAGAUCAGCUAGCAUGAUGCGUUGUGGUGUUGGGAAAUCACAGUUUAGUUAUUUGGGAAUGCCUGUCGAUGGAAAUCCUGGAAAUAAGAAGUUAUGGGAGCUGCUAGUAAAUAAAUUUCGAGCCA